AUGGCCGCAGGCGACGAGCACACUUACUCAAGCGACGAGGAUGAAGAUGAUACUCAUGAUGAAUCCAUCAACACCCAGCAUCGCCUUAGGCAGAUAAAAAAGAAACGAGAUGAACGCACGUCUGCCAUUGUCAAAGAGUCGAGUGUUGCCAUGAACAAAUUGCGUGCUCGUGUCGCCGCAUACCAACAAAACCGAACUAACACGGAGAUGGAAACCGUUGCCAGCUCUGUUCUCAAAAUCAUCGAGGCCGUUGAGCGCAGGAAGCAGAUUGAGGAGCAGAUGGAAACACUCGUCUCCCAGGUCACCUCUACAACUCGGGAGGUCGAGGCAUUGAUGAAGAUUGGCUUUCGAGGCAGAGCAGAGGGUAUUAAAAAGGUCCAAUGA